CAAGUCUGUUAUCUUCAGGCACCUGUCGUCUUUUUGGACAUCUUGUCGGAACUCAACGCGAAAUCCACACCAAUUCAUCAUUCUCGACUUUGUCUUCAAGAUGACUUCAGAAAUUAUCAAAACUGUCUCCCCAGCAACUGGAGAAGUAAUAAUUAGUAACAAUGGUACCACCUUGUCCGAUUCACAACGAAUUGCGAAAAGCUCCGCCAAAGCCUUCGCAACUUGGAAGGCUACGCCUUUUGCUCAACGCAAAUCCCUUGUUUCGAAGGCACUUGUCAUAAUCCAGGAACGAAAAGAACAGCUCGGCCAUGAACUUACGACUCAGAUGGGCCGUCCCAUUAGGUACAGUGCGAAGGAGAUUGAAACCAUGCAAAAGCGCGCCGACUACCUUCUAGACAUUGCAGAAGAAGCACUUCAGCAGAUCCCGGGACGACCUGAGAAUGGCUUCACUCGAUACAUAACAAAGCAGCCUGUAGGGCCGACGUUGAUUGUUUUCGCCUGGAAUUUCCCAUACCUCAUCAUCGUGAACUCACUCAUCCCCGCCUUGCUCGCCGGCAACACAGUCGUACUCAAGCCGUCACCACAAACCCCACUCAUUGGCGAGUCCCUCUGCGAAAUCUUCACUGAAGCUGGACUCCCGAAAGACGUACUUCAAGUCAUUCAUACUGGUAACCCUGAGACGCUCAAGAAACUUGUUGCUAUACCAGAAUUCCAACUCAUUACCUUUACUGGAUCAACAGCUGUUGGAAAAGCCCUUCGGGAAGCAACGGCUGGGCGUAUUGUACCUAUAGGCCUGGAGUUAGGAGGUAACGACCCAGCCUAUGUCAGAGCAGAUGCCGACUUGAAAUAUGUCGCUGCACAGUUAGUAGAUGGAGCUGUGUUCAACACUGGUCAGAGUUGCUGCGCAGUCGAGAGACUGUAUGUCCAUGAGAGCAUCCACGACAAUUUCGUCAAGGAGUUGCAGGAUGAGCUUGGCCACUACAACGUCGGCGACCCCUUCGAUACCACGACAAACGUCGGUCCAGCGAUAUCCGCUGCAGCAGUCAAAAACAUAACUGCGCAGAUUGAUGACGCCCUUUCAAAGGGUGCACAUGAUGCUACCCCCAAAAACCCAAGCUUUUCCUCUCUCCCAACAAAGGGCUUCUACAUCGCACCACGUCUACUCACGGGAGUCAACCACACUAUGGACGUUAUGCGCGAAGAAACCUUUGGCCCCGUCAUUCCAGUGUGCAAGGUAGCAUCUGACGAAGAAGCAAUUGCAUUGAUGAAUGAUAGCAACUAUGGGCUUACUGCAAGUGUCUGGACUAAAGAUAUUCAAGAGGGGCACAAGAUUAUUGCAGAGCUAGAUGCAGGGACUGUUUUUGUGAACCGCUGCGAUUACCCAAACCCCGACUUAGCAUGGAGCGGGUGGAAGGACAGUGGGCUUGGGUGCACCCUAGGGCCGAAGGGCUUCGAUGCUUUCGUAAAGUUGAAGAGCUGGCAUAUCAAAGAGGUGCAUGGCUGAUGAUGGUAAAUGCUACGUACUCCUUGUUUGAACUGCUGCAACC